AUGAGUAACUUUGUAUGGUUACAAGAUUAUUGUAUAGGGGAAAAGAUUCAAGAAGAAAAAGUUUUUUCAAUAUAUAGAGCAUCAUUAACUAAUAACAGCUAUAUAUUUCCUUUACCUUCAACAACUUUUAACAAUUCUUUAAUUAGCUCAACACCUAUAAUUUAUGAAAACUCAGUUGUAAAUAAAAAUUAUACAUUAAAUAAUGAAAACAGUUAUUUAAAUAUAAACAAUAGUAAUAAUGAAAUUAUAAACAUAAAUAAUAAUAAUAAUAAUUAUAAUAAUAAUAAUAAUAAUAAUAAUAAUAAUAAUAAUAAUAAUAAUAAUAAUAAUAAUAUUAAUAUAAAGGAAAACAGUAUUUUAAACAGCAAUAGUUUCAGCGAUACAGAUUUGUCAUAUAAAUCUAAAACCAUAAAGUUUUUUAAUAGCGAAAAUGAACAGCAACAAGCAACAAAUAAAAGAGUAUCUACUAAAUUUAUCCAACAGCAGUCUUUUACUUCUCCAUCAAUAGCAACAUCAACAAUUAAUAUUAAUCCAUUGACAAAUAAUAUCAUAUCACCCAAUAAUAAUGGUUUAAAUAAUAUUAAUAAUAAUCCUUCACUAAAUAUAAUAAAUAACAUUGAUAUGGAUUUAGUAUCACCCCCACCAUUGGGUUCACUCUCACCCCUAGGGUUUAAACAAUCCCAAAUAUUAGGCAGAAAACCAACAGAAUUUGUGCUUAAUAAUAAUUUUGUUUUAUUAAAAAUCCUAAACUAUAAAUAUCCACCAGUCGAAUUGAUUACAAUAUUUCAAAGAGAAUAUUUUAUUUUAUCAUAUUUAUCAGAAUUUGAUGGGAUACUAAAGUUAAUCAGAACUCAAAGCGAAUAUGGAAAUAUAGUAGCUUUAAUAUUUGAAGAAGCAGGUUUUAAAUCACUAACAGCAUAUUAUAAUUUAUCAUCUUUAAACUCUCAAUCUUUUAUACAUUCAUCAUCAACUUCACCUUCGAUCAAAAGUACCAUACACGAUAUUUCGAAACCUUUUAAUCUAAAUUCAUCAAAUUCAUCAAAUUCUAAUAGUACCACUCAAACACCAAACCAAGCUUCAACUCAACCACCACAACAAUUAAAUCCCUCUUGUUCACCUUUGAUAAUAACCUCACAACCAUCUCUCCUAAACAGCUUAAAUAAUAUUGUAAAUAAUAAUAAUCCAACUUCCUCUAAUUCUAUUAAUAUGAAUAUUGAUGGAAGUAAUGUAAAUAAUAUUGUAAAUAGUCAAAAUAAUACAUUAAAUACAACAACAACAAUAAAUAAUAUCAACAAUAAUAAUUAUAUGCCAUCAUCUCCAAUUUUAGGGUCAAAUAAAAUUAAUAAUAAAAGAAGAGCAUCGCUUACACCUACGACAACACCACUAUCAGCAAGCCCAAUUUUAUAUAAUACAAAAAAAUUUGGGGAUAUUGAUACAAAUACUUUUUUAAAUAUAGCAAUUCAAAUAGCAACUAUAUUGGAGACAAUUCAUAGUAAAGGGUGUAUUCACAGAGAUAUUAGACCAUCAAAUAUAUAUUUAAACACAUCAUGUAAAGUAAAGUUGGCAAAUUUUCAGUUUUCAAUUCUAAAAAAAUCAUCAAGUUUUUUUAAAAAUUUAAAUUCCAAUAACAAUUCCAAUUUUAAUGAUCAAGAUUCCGACAGUUUUCAUAAUGGUAAUUUCAAUGAUGAUUCAUGUAGCCAUUCAAUGAGUAGUGGUGUGGGAGAAGGUUAUGAAGAUAAUUUAUUCAAUAAUAAUUUUAAUUAUGAUGACGAAUCAAUUUGCCAAUUAUUUAAAAAUCCACCCGAUUUAUCAAGAUUUAGCACAUCAACAUUUUAUUAUAUUUCACCAGAAGAUACAGGUAGAACCCAGCAUUCAGUUGAUGAAAGAUCAGACUUAUAUUCAUUAGGUAUCACUUUUUUUGAAUUGUUAACAGGUAGAGUUCCAUUUCAAAGUACAGAUCUUUCAGAAUUAAUACAUUCCCACUUGGCCAAAAAACCACCCAACGUAAGUGAUUUAAACUCAAAUACACCAUUAAUAUUAUCAAAAAUUGUAAAUAAGUUACUCCAAAAGUCACCAGAUGAUAGGUACAAUUCAUCUUAUGGUUUAAAAAAAGAUUUGGAAAUGGUGAAGCUUCAGUUAAGUUUGGAUAAUCAAAGAAAUAUAGAUUUUCAAUUGGGAACUUUUGACAUUAUAAACAGACCAAUUAUUUCAAAUGAAUUAUAUUCAAGGAAAAAAGAGUUGAAUAUAAUUCUAUCAACUAUAAAAAAGGUUUCAAAAGGUGGAAAGGAGUUUAUUAUUGUUUCAGGUUUAUCAGGUGUCGGAAAAACGAGUUUAAUCAAUGCAUCAUGUAAAAAAUCAAUCGUUAAAAUCAGAUUUAUUCAAGGAAAAUUUGAUCAAUAUAACAAAAGUCCAUAUAGCGCAAUUAUAGAAGCAUUAUCCCAACUAGUAAAUUUAAUUUUAGCAUCAAGUCCAUUGGAAUUAGAAUUCUAUAAAGAUAGGCUUCUGAGAGCAUUGGGUCCAAAUAUUGGCGUAAUAUCCGACGUUAUACCUAAAUUAGAAUUAAUAGUAGGCCCACAUAAUAAACCAUUACCUUUACCAUCUUCAGAGUCACAAAAUAGAUUUGAUCUCGCAUUUAAAGAUUUUCUUAGAGUUUUUGCAGAGGAGGGACAACCUUUAGUUAUUUUUUUAGAUGAUUUCCAAAGAGCUGAUCCAUCAAGUUAUCGUUUAAUUAAAUUAUUAAUGGAGAAUAAUUCAAACAAUAACAAUAGUAUUUCAUCGAGUACUGGCGUUAGUAAUUCUAAUAACACUAAUAAUGGAUAUAGUCAAAAAGGUUUAAACUAUUUAUUAGUUAUUGGAGCAUUCAGAGAAAAUGAAGUAAAUGAAUUAAAUCAACAAGAUUUUCAAGAUUUAUCAUCGAUAUCAACAAAAAUUGUAUUAAAAAAACUGGAAUUAAAAGAUGUAAACCUAAUGGUGUCCUCAACACUUCACACUUUACCACACGAAACCAUUUCCUUAUCCCAGGUUGUUUUAUCCAAAACUCAUGGUAAUCCAUUUUUUAUAAUUCAAUUUUUAAAAACGCUGUUUAAUGAAAAUUUGGUUUUCUUUUCAACACAAGAAGAAAAAUGGGUAUGGGAUAUAGAAAAAAUUCAAAAAAGAGAAUUUACUGAUAAUGUUGUAGAGUUUAUGGUAGAGACCUUAAAACAACUGGAUCCAAAAGCUCAAAAGGUACUACAUUUAGCAUCAUGUAUAGGUAAUUCAGUAGAUUUAGAAAUGUUAGCAUCCGUUGCAGAGCUAUCACAAGAAGAAACAUUAAAAAUUUUAACACCAAUUUUAUCCAGAGAUUUAAUUGUGAAUGUACACGAUAAACGAUAUAAUUUUGUUCACGAUAGGGUUCAACAAGCAGCAUUUUCUUUAGUCGUUUUAAGGGAAGAAAAAAAACAAAUUCAUUUAAAAAUUGGUAGAAUAUUAUAUAAAAACUAUUUAAAUAAGCAAACCAAUCAACCAAUUCUACAACUCAACAACCAUCACAAUCAUAGUUCUCAACCAUCAACCAUUAUUACCAUUUUUGAUAUUUUAAACCAGUAUAAUUUUGGUAUAGAUUUAAUAGAUACAUUAGAAGAGAGGUUGAAACUGUCACUACUAAACUAUGAAGCUGGGAAAAAGGCUAAAUCUUCAACUGCUUACAACUAUGCCAACCAAUAUUUUCAAAUUGCUUUAAAUUUAUUUCCAGACUUAGAAGAAACAUGGUCAGAACACUAUCAAUUAUUAUUUAAUAUAUUUUUAGAAAAAUCUCAAAGUGAAUUUAUGGUUGGAAAUUUCGAAGAAUCAGAUAGAUUAAUUGAAGAAGCUUUAAUCCAUGCUCAAAUGGAUGAGCAUAUUGGACAAGUAACUGCAUUGCGUGUUAAACAAUAUACCCUAUUAACAAGAUUCGAUGACUGUUUGGCCAUGAGUGUAGAGUUUCUCAAAAGCCAAGGUGUUUUAAUCGAUCCAAAUGUCACAGUUGAUGAGUUAAGAAAAGACUACGAGGCAUUUAAAGAAAAACUAGGGGACGAGUCAUUAUCAACAGUAAUGAAUAGACUACAUCAAAAUAUUAAACCUACACCGGUGGUAGAAAGUUGUAUUCAAUUAAUGAGCAUAAUGAUACCAUCAUUAUUUUUAAACAAUAUGGAAAUAUUAUCAUCUCUAUUAAUGAAAUUUGCAGAGUACACUUUAGAGAAUGGGAUAUCAAGUUGGAGCAGUACAGGAUUUGCAAUGUUUGGGUUGGUAGUAUCCAUUGGUUAUUUUGACGAUUUUAAAUUGGGGUAUCAAUUUGGUAAAUAUGCUAUGUCAUUAAAAGAAGAAUUCUCAGAACAAGUUGGGAGUAAGGGUAUGGUAACUCUCUUAUAUUCCGGUUACAUUCACCAUUUAGAAAAUCAUCUAUCAACAAGCAUACCCAUUUGUAAACAAGCUUUUUUAGAAUCUAUUGAAUGUGGUGAUUUAGGUUGUGCAUGUUAUUGUAGUGUAAAUCUAAUAUUACAUAGGCUAUUAAUUGGGAGUCCUUUAGAGGAAACUUUUCAACUUUCAAAACAAUAUUCAAAUUAUAUAGAACAAUAUUAUUUUAAACCAAUGUAUCAAGUUGUAAUUUCACUUCAAAAUUUUAUUUUAGAGUUAAUGGGUACCGAUAUUAUUUCGGAACAACAAUCCUCAACAUUUUUAUUUAACAGUGAAUGGGAUAUAGAUGCAUUCGAAUUUGAAUUAGAUUCAACACCAGAUGUGCAUUGCCCAAUAGCAUUCUAUUAUAUUAUGAAGAUUCAACAUUGUUAUUAUUUUUCAGAUUUUGAAACCGCUUGGAAAUCAGUUCUCAGAACUGAACAAUCAAUAGUUGGAAUUUUUGGUCACACUCAUUUAUUGGCCGUACUUUAUUUAUUUAAAUGCCUAACUAUUUUCGCAUUAUACCCAACACUCACCCAAGAAGAGAGAAAUGAUCGUAUGGAAAUGGUUAAUGUAUAUAGAGCUAAAUUAGAAGGUUUAGCAAAUCAGAGUUGGGAAAAUUUUGGUUCUCAUCUUAUGAUAUUGCGUGCAGAGCUUGAAAGAUUAAACGGUAAUUAUGAAGAAGCAAUGGAGUAUUACAGCGAAGCCAUUGUUUUAGCACAACAGUUCAAGUAUCAACAAAAUGAAGCAUUAGCAAAUGAAUUGGCAUCGAGAAUGUAUAUACAAAUUAAAAAAUUUGCUGUUGCAAAGGCCUAUUUAAUCGAAGCCCAUAUGUGUUAUAGAAGCUGGGGAGCGUUAAGGAAAUCUAAUCUUUUAGAACUAGAGUUCCCACAUAUAUUAUGUCAAACAACUGGUACUUUAAUGAAUCCAACAAAAAGAGUUAAAAGAAUAGAGUCAUUAUUUUCAACAAACUAUGUUUCAUUUAAUAAUAGCAAUAAUAAAGAAACAAGUUCUAUUUCAAAUGUAAAUAACAAUAUUAGCAAUUCAUCUUCAUGUCUAUCCUCAUCCUCCUCAUCUUCAUUAUAUUCCUCAUCCUCAUCCUCGUUACAAACUACAAUUUUACCAUCAUCACCAUUAAAUAAAAAUUCAAUUCCACCCCCAAUAACAACUCCAUUUACUUCAUCAUCAAAUAUUUCAAAUAGUUUAGGUAUGAGUAGUAUGAAAACCAGUGUAAAUAGUGUAAUUAGAUCAAAUAGUACCGGAAGCAGUGGAACCUGCUCAAGUUCAAGUAGUUCUUGCUCUAGUAAUACCAAUAGCUCAUGCAGUAGUAAUGGAUUAUAUUUUGGAAAUUUAAUAGGUAAUAGCAAUAAUAGUAACGAACCAAGCUUAUCAAUUAGAAGAAGAUCGCAGGAUGGAACAUUUACAACAAAAAAUGUAUUUAGGUAUCCAGUCGAUGCUGUAGAUUUGUGCUCUGUAAUUACAGUGUCUAACUCUUUAGCAGAAGAAAUUUAUUUUGAUCGGUUAUUGAAAAGGUUAAUGAAAGUAGUUAUUAAAAAUGCUGGUGCAAGUAGAGGUUUUUUAUUAUUAAUUGAAGAUAAAAUAACAAAAGAACUAUUCAUAAAUCCAAGUAAUGGCAACCAUACCCUAUUAGGAGAUUUAAGUGUUGCCGCAUCUGCCUUGGUUUAUAAUGAAAAGGUAUUAGUGGAGGUUUUUAUAAACAAUACAUCCCAAACUCUAUCAACUGCGCCAUCUACCCCAAUUAUUAACUCAUCAUCAUAUAAUUUGGCAUCAUCAUCAACAUCAACAACAAACACCAGUGGGAAUUUAAAUAAAAGUUCAAAUAAUAUACCAAAUUCAAAUAAUUCAAAUAAUUCAAAUUCAAAUGGAUAUUCAGGUAAAUUAAAUAAUAUUAUAAGAAAUGACUCAUUAAAUGAAGAUGGUACUUGGAACAUGUGUAUUUCUAUGAUUAACUAUGUAAGAAGAACACAAGCGCCCCUACUCAUAACCAAUGCAGUUGAAGACAACACAUUUGCCGAUGACUCAUAUAUUAAAAAGAGAAAUCCAAAGAGUAUUUUAGUUUUACCAAUUGUUUAUCAAGGAAAUUUGGUUUCAAUUUUAUAUUUAGAAAAUAAUUUUGCUACUGGUGCUUUUACCCAUGGGAGAAUGGAAAUUCUCAAUCUUUUAUCCUCGCAAAUUGCAAUUUCUUUUCAAAACGCAAGACUCUUUUUAAAAUCAAAUCAUUUAGCAAACCAAGCAUUUUUAGCAAAAGAAGAUGCAGAAAAAGCCAAUAAAGCAAAAUCAGAUUUCAUUUCAAAUAUGUCACAUGAAAUGAGAACACCUCUUAACCAUAUUAUUGGUGCAAUAGAGUUGUUGAAAGGAUUUCCAUCCACUAAUGAUCAAAAAGAAUUAUUAGCAAUUAGUCAGCAGUCAUCCGAAUCACUUUUAUUUAUGGUAAAUAAUAUUUUAGAUUUAUCAAAAGUAGAGCAAGGAAAAACCAAAUUAAAUUUAACAAGUUUCAAUAUAGUCAAUUUUUUAGAAGAUAUUAUAUGCGCUAUAUCACCAAAUGCACAUUCAAAAGGGUUAUAUAUUGGUUUAUUUAUAAAUCCAUGUUUUUCAAAAAUCCCUGUCAAUGGUGAUGUUAAUAUUUUACGUCAAAUUAUAGUGAACUUGUUAACAAAUGCAAUUAAAUUUACAGAAAAAGGUGAAGUUUAUUUAAAACUAAAUCUAUCACUAAAUAACAAUGUUGAUAGAUCACCAAUAAAUGAAGAAGAAGAAGAAGAAGAGGGUGAUGAGUAUGAAGAAAUGCAAAAUGAGGAUACCAUUAAUCUAAAGAAAAGAAAUAAUAAUAAAAGAAAAGGGUCACCAUCUAACUAUGUUAUUAAUAUAGAGGUAUCUGAUAGCGGUAUUGGAAUUAAACAGAGUGACUUUGGUAAACUUUUUCAAAGAUUUUCACAGAUAGAAGUUGGUUCAAGUAGAGCAUACGAUGGAACAGGUUUGGGUCUUAGCAUUUGCAAACAAUUGGUAAAUUUAAUGAAAGGUGAUAUUGGUAUUCGUAGUAAAAUUGGUGAAGGUUCAGUAUUUCAUUUCACAGUCGAAUUAAGUAAAUCUUAUGAUGAAAGCAUGUCAAAUAAAUAUCAUUUACCAUCAGAACUUACCCAAAAUACGAAAAUAACAAUUUUUGAAGAAAAUAAAACUAUAUGCGACCAAAUAAAAACCUUAUGUAAAUCCAAUGGAUUAAAUGAAAUCAAUACAAUCAACCAAAAGUUUUCAUUAGAAUUACUAUCAGAUUGUUUGGAUACACUAAAACCAAUUUCAUCACCAAAGCUUCAAUCUUCAUGCGGUGGGUCCUCAUCAGCUACAAUUUUAUCACCUAAACUUCUAUCACCUAAAUUACUAUCACCAAGAACUCCACUUUCAAUUAAUGGUUGCACGACUACAAAUAUGAACUCAUUAUCCCCAAAAAACCCUUCUCGCUCACCAUCACCAUCAUUUUCAUCAAUUUCUCCAUCUUUUUCUUCAUCACCACCAAAUAAAGAAAUUAUAAUUAUCGGAUUACCAUUAAAUUUUACUGAAGAAAAUAUUUUGACUUUGGUCGAAAAUACUAAAACAAUCACAUAUUCAGCCUAUAUAAACAAGAAAGGAAAUAUUUCAAUUGCAUCAAAUGUUAAUAAAUUUGAAUUUGUUUUUGUUACCCAUAUUCUAUUAAGCGUAUCAUCAAGAGAGAUAUUAAAUCAAGCAUCUAUUCAUAUUGUCAAUAGACCCAUAAAAAUGAAAGCUUUUCAUAGAACAUUAAUGAAAAUAUUGGAUAGUAAUAGUAAAAGUCAUAAUAGUAGCUAUAUGUCAUCUCCAAAUAUUAGCAAUAAUCUUCACACUUCAGUUAAUGGUACCAAUACUAAUGGUUUAAAUAAUCCUGAUGAUAAUCAUAAACAUCAACAAUUUAAAUUUCAAAAACAACUAUCAGAUAGUAAUAUUUGCUAUACUAGCAGUAAGAAACUUAUCCAAAACCAUCAGCAACAGCAACAAACAAAGCAGCAAGAACAACCUCAAGAGCAGCAAUAUCAACAAAAAAAACAAUUAAAACAAGAAACCCAAACAAUUCCUGAAAGUGAAUUUGAAAAUAGUUUAGUUAUUGGAAGUAGUUGUGCAACAUCCAAUACUACUACAACAACACUAACUAAUGAUACAGAGGUUACAAUCAUAUCAAAUAGUGCUGCUGGUGAAGAAAACAAUAAUACUAGUAGUAGUAUUAGUAUUAGUAGUAGUAUUGUUUGUAGUAGUAGUAAUAAUAUUGUAAUAGAACCAAUCAUAAAAGUGGUAGAAAAGAUCUCACCAUCAAUAUUAGUAGUUGAGGAUAAUGAAUUAAAUGCCAAUAUAUUAUUUAGAAUGUUACAAAAACUAGGAAUUAAAGAUCCAGAUUUAGCACUCAAUGGUUUAGAGGGUGUAAAGAAAGCUAAAAACGAAGAGUAUGAUUUAAUUCUAAUGGAUAUUCAAAUGCCAGUUAUGGAUGGUUAUGAAGCUACAACUAAAAUAAGAAAAGAAGAAGGAAAUAAAAAACAUACACCAAUUAUAGCAAUGACAGCAAGUGCAAUGAAUGGACAAAAGGAGGCAAUGCUUUCUGCUGGUUGUGACGAUUUUUUCUCGAAGCCAUUCACCCUCAAAGAUUUGCAAGGUAAAAUAUUUAAAUUUUUAAACUAUACCCCUCCAACCAUCCAGCCAAAAUAA